UUCAGCAAAAAAUUAUUAUAUGGCAAGUGGCAACUCUAAAAAAUACCGAUUAUGGCGGCGACUCUAUUACAAAUAUUGUUUAGUGGUAUUAAAACACCUUGAUUCUUUUGUUCCGCUGCACAGAACUUUUCAAUAUCAUUUUUCGAGCCGAACUUUUUACAACUCUGGGCAUUGUAAACAAUCUUUAAAUAGCACUAAGCUAGUUAAACCUCAUAAAAAUGUACCACAACAAACGAACUUGAUAACACCGACGAAUGACAACAUUGCCCAUCUGUCAAAUUUAGUUCCAAAAAUCACCGCGGGACUUCUUUCAUAAAAAUUAUAUAUAUAUAGUAUACUGUAAUCUGUAUAGUAUAAAUCCAUCAUUCCCAUUUUUCAACGUUGCCGCUCAUUUUUCUGAAUGUUUAUUUAAAAUAAAACGUAUAUAAUUUAAUAUACAAAUAUUUUUAUUAAGUUAUAAAUAUAUUUCUUAUAGUAUCAUCAUGUAUUGGGUAAAAUCUUUAGUUACUCAUGUAGCACACAGGAACUUAAAAAACCUUAUGAUAAAACCUAGAGUUAUAAAACGAAACUUUAUGAAAAUAUCUAGAGGCUACUCAUCAAAACUUGCUAAAGAUGAGGAUGAGACAGAAAAUAUUGUUAAUGAUAUAUGUAAAGAGGACCCUGAAAAAGAGAAAAAAUUAAGAGUGUUGAUGUUGGAAGUUGAAGUCAUGCGGCAAGAUGGAAGAACAGCCCCAGAGAGAAUGAAUACUUCUAAUUGGGAACAUUUAUUAGAACUGAAGUCUCGUAAUCAAAGAGCUAGCUAUCUGAGUUACUUAUGGAAAAAUGAAAUGUCAAAAAUAAAUCAGAAAGCCAGGAAAGAAGCCAAAAGAAGAGAGUUGGAUGAAAUGGAUGAGGAAGAAGCUAAAGAAUUCCCAGAUGAUUUAUUGUAUGGUAUAAAACAUGUAUCACUUUUUCUACGCAUUCGAGACCAAUCAAUAAAUAAUUUUGAUAAUUAUAGAGCUCUUCAAGCAUUGACAUAUGGUCAAUCCGUAAUAAUUGAUUGUUCUUAUGAAGAGCACAUGGUUAAUAGAGAAAUAUUAAAUGCUGCCAAACAAUUAACUUAUGUAUUUGGUGAUAAUAGGUUGCAUAAAGAACCCUUUAAUUUACUUUUAUGCAAUGUUAAUAAAGCAGGAAAAUUUAUGGAACAAUUUAAGAAAAAUGUUCCUUCAUUGGAAGAACCCUGGUUUCCGUUAAAUAUUCAUACUAAAUCUUAUUUGGACUUAUUUCCAAAAGACAAAUUAGUUUACCUGACACCACACUGCAGAGAAGAAUUAACAUAUUUUGAUCAUGAUGCUAUAUACAUAGUUGGUUGUAUGGUGGAUAAGAUGAAUAAUGAACCUCAUUCUUUAGCAAAAGCAAAGAGAGAUGGAAUCAGAAUGGCUAAACUCCCUCUCGAUAGAUACUUAGAAUGGGCACCAGGUUCCAAAAAGAAUUUAAAUAUUAAUCAUAUGAUCCCAAUACUUUUGGAUUUGAAGUCAACAGGAGACUGGGAAUACUCAUUGAGACAUAUACCUAGACGAAAAUUAAUGGAAACAAAAAUAAAGGCUUUUCAAAACAAAUUCGAAAAUUCAGGAAAGAUAAAAGAUAUGAAAAAAUACAUGAACUUGCGUGUGAGCAAUAAAAGUGUUUUCCUGGAUAAAAGAAAUACAUCCAGGAAGUCACUUUAUGAUGAUGAAAAUAUAUAAGUUGUAUUCUUAAA